AUGCUGGUGACGUUGAAACUGAAUAACGUGGUUCUUGUGGAUGUUGCUUCAGAACCGGUGUCUCUCCCCUCCCUCAAAUACUUGAAACUUAACUCCCAGAAGUACCCUGGUGAUGAGUUUGUCAAGAGGUUUUUAUCCAGUUGUAUUGUUCUUGAACACUUGGAUGUUGAUCAGUGUCCCGGUGACAAUGUGACCGUCUUCACCGUUAGAGUGCCUUCUCUUGAGAGUUUAUACGUGCGUAAAUCAUCAGACACAGAUUUGGAUAAUGCAGAGGGGUUUGUGAUAGACGCUCCAUCUUUGAAGUACUUGGGCAUUACUGAUAGUACCGGUGGGUUUUGUGUCAUUGAGAGUGAAAUGCCUAAUAUUGUAAAGGCAGAUGUUGAUACUGGUUAUUAUUGUCGGUCAAACGUCUACAUUUAUGUCUGCUGUACUCAGAGAGAUUCCCCUAAAUUACAAUCUCUCGAACUUGAACAGUGCAUCCCGUUCCAGAUAGACCGCGCUGCCGCUGGAUUGAACCUAGUUCAGUUCCAGAAUGUCUGUUAUCGAGUCUUGAAACUUUUAAAUGGGUAA